CCGCUGCUCUCGCCGCUGAAUCCUUAACGUGCCAUUUUAUUACUAAUGGACAUAUCUGGAAAUCAAAAUGUCAUCGAUAUACGGGACAGUAUCGCGUUUCUGAAGAUGCCAGCGGUGGAUAUUCAUGUGGGUUUCGCCGGACCAGUGCUGAUUUUGGCCAGUGAAGCUUCCUUGUAGUGAAUCGGAUGAUUGGAGCAGCUGUGCGCUCGCGCUUAGAUUGCAGCUGUCAUUGAUAUCGCACAGUGAACACAGGUGAAGAUGAUGUGCGAAGUGAUGCCCACGAUCAGCGAGGACACGGCGAUGAGCCAGCGUGGCUCCCAGAGCAGCACCUCCGACCCUGACUCGCAUUUUGAGCAGUUGAUGGUGAACAUGCUUGACGAGAGAGACCGUCUGUUGGACACCCUGAGAGAGACACAAGAAAGCCUUUCCCUCGCCCAGCAGCACCUGCAGGACGUCAUCUAUGACCGGGACUCACUGCAGCGUCAGCUCAGCUCCGCACUGCCACAGGAGUUUGCCGCCCUGACGAAAGAGUUGAACGCCUGCAGAGAACAGCUGCUGGAGAAGGAGGAGGAGAUUUCAGAGCUGAAGGCCGAGAGGAACAACACCAGACUGCUGUUGGAGCAUUUGGAGUGUUUGGUUUCGAGGCAUGAACGUUCCCUACGCAUGACAGUGGUAAAACGACAGGCCCAGUCUCCUUCUGGGGUCUCCAGUGAGGUGGAGGUCCUCAAAGCUCUUAAGUCCCUCUUUGAGCACCACAAAGCACUGGAUGAGAAGGUACGAGAGAGAUUGCGGGCGUCACUAGAGAGGGUCUCUGCCUUGGAGGAGGAGUUGGCCGCAGCCAAUCAGGAGAUUGUGGCCUUAAGAGAGCAGAAUGCCCAUAUUCAGAGGAAGGUGGCGUCAGGAGAAGGGGCUGAGGACUUGUUGGAGGGAACUGAUGCCCAGAAAGUUCAUGGCAAGCGGUUGUCUAAUGGGUCGAUGGAGUCGGGGGACGAGGCCAGUCAGGUGUUGGAGCUGCAGGAGCUGCUGGAGAAACAGAAUUACGAGCUGGCGCAGAUGAAGGAGCGCAUGUCCUCGCUGUCCUCCCGCGUGUCCGAGGUGGAGCAGGAGCUGGAGACAGCUCGCAAAGACCUCAUCAAGAGCGAAGACAUGAACAACAAGUACCAGAGAGAUAUUAAAGAGGCUAUGUGUCAGAAAGAAGACAUGGAGGAACGGAUCGUGACUCUUGAGAAGCGCUAUCUCAGUGCCCAGAGAGAGUCCACGUCACUACAUGACAUCACAGACAAGCUGGAAAACGAACUGGCCAAUAAGGAGGCGUUCCUCAGACAGAUGGAGGAGAAGAACAGGCAGUUACAGGAGCGGCUGGAGUUGGCGGAACAGAAGCUACAGCAGACCAUGAGGAAAGCUGAGACUCUGCCUGAAGUCGAGGCUGAGCUAGCACAGAGGAUAGCAGCUCUCACCAAGGCAGAGGAGAGACACGGAAGUAUCGAGGAGCGUAUGAGACAUUUAGAGGGACAGCUGGAGGAGAAGAACCAGGAACUGCUCAGGGCUCGACAGAGAGAGAAAAUGAACGAGGAACACAACAAGCGUUUGUCAGACACUGUGGACAGACUCUUGACAGAGUCGAAUGAACGUUUACAGCUUCACCUGAAAGAAAGAAUGUCUGCUCUUGAGGAGAAGAAUGUGUUAAUACAAGACUCAGAGAACUACAGGAAGCAGUUAGAAGACUCAAUUCAAGAAAAGUCUAAUUUCUCGGAGGAGAUCGAGAAACUGAGAUCUGAACUGGAUCAGUACCGGUUGAGGGCCGGAUCCCUUACAGAGCCCACGCUGUCACGGUCUCAUCUGGAUGCAUCCGCAGAUCUGCGUUUCUCUCUGGGUUCUCUUGCCGAGACGCAAUCAGACCAUUAUCGCUCCACCAAGGUGAUCUGCAGGCCCAGGAGAGGACGCGUGGGGCUACGUAGGGACGAACAGAAGGCUAAGUCUCUGGGAGAGCACGAAUGGUGCUCUCAGCAACUUGGUGUUCUCGGCGGCCACCCAUUCGAGAGCGACACAGAGAUGUCGGAUAUCGAUGACGAUGACAGAGAGACCCUUUUCAGUUCGAUGGAUCUGCUGUCUCCAGGAGGACAUUCAGAUGCUCAGACUCUAGCAAUGAUGCUGCAAGAACAACUGGAUGCCAUCAAUAAAGAAAUCCGGCUCAUCCAAGAAGAGAAGGAGUCGACAGAACUGAGGGCAGAGGAAAUCGAGAACCGCGUGGCCAGCGUGAGCCUGGAGGGGCUGAACCUGGCACGGGUGCACCAUCCUGGAGCCUCCAUCACUGCCUCGGCCACCGCUUCCUCCCUCGCUUCGUCCUCCCCUCCCAGCGGACACUCCACCCCCAAACUCACCCCGCGCAGCCCUGCCGGCGACAUGGAGCGCAUGGGGGUCAUGACACUGCCCAGUGACUUGCGGAAACACAGGAGAAAGAUCGCAGCGGUGGACGAGGACGGUCGAGAGGACAAGGCCACCAUCAAAUGCGAGACCUCGCCACCUCCCACACCUCGCCAAGUCCGCAUGACCCACACGCUUCCUGCUUCUUCGCACAAUGACGCACGCCUGACGGCUACAUUAGAGACAGAGGCCAGUGCUCUGAGCAGUGUAGCCAGCAGUCAGGACUCCCUCCACAAACAGCCAAAGAAGAAGGGCAUCAAGUCCUCCAUUGGACGACUGUUUGGGAAGAAAGAGAAGGCCAGACUGGGGCAGCUGGGGAAAGAGAUUAUGGGACCAGGACUAGUAGGGAAUGUAUCCGAUCCUGAGCUUCUGGGUCAGGAUAUCGCGGUGGGAAAACUGGGAACACAGGCGGAGAAAGAUCGCAGGCUUAAAAAGAACGGACACGAGUUAUUGGAAGAAGCCAGAAGAAAAGGGUUACCUUUUGCUCAGUGGGAUGGUCCUACUGUUGUCGCAUGGUUGGAGCUGUGGCUAGGGAUGCCAGCGUGGUAUGUCGCAGCUUGUCGUGCCAACGUAAAAAGCGGCGCUAUCAUGUCGGCCCUGUCGGACACUGAGAUCCAGAGAGAGAUCGGCAUCAGCAAUCCUCUGCACCGCCUCAAACUGCGCCUGGCCAUCCAGGAGAUGGUCUCGCUCACCAGCCCUUCAGCUCCCCCUACAUCUAGAACCCCGUCGGGUAAUGUGUGGGUAACCCACGAGGAAAUGGAGACUCUUGCCGCCCCCUCCAAAACGAAGUCAGAGUCAGAGGAGGGGAGCUGGUCACAGACGCUGGCAUACGGGGACAUGAACCACGAGUGGAUCGGGAAUGAGUGGCUGCCCAGUCUAGGUCUACCUCAGUACCGCAGCUACUUCAUGGAGUGUUUGGUGGAUGCGCGUAUGCUGGACCACCUCACCAAGAAGGACCUCCGAGUGCAUUUAAAAAUGGUGGACAGCUUUCACAGAACCAGUCUGCAGUACGGCAUCAUGUGCCUGAAGAAGCUCAACUACGACAGGAAGGAGCUGGAGAGACGCAGAGAGAGCAGCCAGCAUGAGAUAAGAGACGUGCUGGUGUGGAGUAACGAGCGCGUGAUCCGCUGGGUCCAGAGCAUCGGUCUCCGUGACUACGCCAACAUCCUGCUAGAGAGCGGUGUGCAUGGGGCGCUCAUAGCACUCGACCACAACUUUGAUUACAGCAGCCUGGCUCUGCUGCUGCAGAUCCCCAACCAAAACACUCAGGCUAGACAAAUUCUGGAGAGAGAGUACAACAAUCUGCUGGCACUGGGAACAGAGAGACGAUUAGAUGAGUGCGACGAGAAAGAUUUCCGAGGACCGUCGUGGAGGAGGCAGUUUCCUCGGCGGGACAUCCACGGGAUCAGCAUGAUGCCCGGCUCAGCAGAGACCCUGCCCGCUGGCUUUCGCCUCACUGCCACCUCCGCACACUCACGCAGACUGCCACCAGAGGUUGGACCAUCAGCAGUACAGCGUCUGGACAGCUCCACUGUGAGGACCUACUCUUGCUGAGAGAACAUGAAUACUAUAAGCUAGUCGUACCUUCAAGUUGGCCUGAACAAACAAUUCUGAUGAGUCACACUGCCAAGAGAAUGACAGAAGCCUGCGGAGGACAGGGUGAGGAGGCUCUGCGCCAGACGAGCCGAGGCCACGACCCGGGCGUCCGCCGCAGAUGCAGACGCGCUCUCACUCUUUCUGUCUUUUACGCCACGCAGCUCCUUCAGAUUAAGUACUGUGUAUUUCUUCUACAGGGGAUGUUAGGUUCAACUGUAAAUCACUAUAAAUAAAGCUGUUUUUUAUAUAAAUAUA